UUACACCCCGUCUAUCAACGAACCACGCCAAAAUACUUUCAGCUGGUUGCUAACCCAACCACUUAAAUUUAACCGCCAAUAAUGCCAUCUCCGCCGCGCACCGCUGCCGGCGGUGGCGCCACCCCAGUAUGGUUGCGAUGCAUGCACUUCAUCCAACGCUGCUCCAGCGAGCGGCAUCUUCACAUUAUCCAUGCUAUCUUCCUCACCCACGGCUUCCACCACCAUAUCGUCGCCAUCAGCCGCCUUAUCCUCGCUGCGUGCUCUCUUCGAACCACCACCGGCCUCCUCUACGCCUCUCUCAUCCUCCGACACUCCCCCGCUCCUCCCAAUUCCUUCAUCUACAACACCCUUAUCCAUGCCCACGCUCGCGGCCCCGAGCCCCAUUGCGCCCUCCAUUACUUCUCCAUGAUGCUUCGCUCUCCCGAACCCUUCUCCACUCCAGACCACCACUCAUUCCCCUUCGCACUUGCCGCUUGCGUCGCUGUCCCUGAUUUCUCCUUUGGUACUCAGAUACAGGCAAUCGUCAUCAAGAACGGCCUCGCCGCAACUGAUCAUUACGUUCAGACGGCCGCCCUUAGACUUUACGCACAGGUCCAGGACGAUCUCAUUCAAGCGCGGAAGCUGUUCGACGAAAUUCCUCAAACGGAUGCGGUUCACGUGGACGUGCUUAUGAACGGCUAUCUCCGACGCGGGUUCCCGUUUGACGCUUUGGAACUCUUCAAAGAAAUGUUUGUGGAUGGUUUGAUCCCGGACAAGCACGUCAUUACCACUGCCCUUACGGCUUGCUCACAUGCAGGGGCUCUAAAAGAAGGUGCUUGGAUCCACAUGUGUUUAUUGAACGAACACCCUGGUUUUUUGGAAGAUGCUUUUAUUUCUUCGUCUCUUGUAAGCAUGUAUGCAAAAUGUGGCUGUAUUGAGGAAGCUGUGAAGGUGUUUGAUUCAGCGCCAGAGAGAAAUUCCUUCAUGUGGGCUUCAAUGAUUGGGGGAUUCGCAGUGCACGGUUUAGCAAAUGAUGCUUUUUGUUGCCUCAACCGGAUGAAAGAUGAGGACGGUGUGAAGCCGGAUGGGAUUGUGAUUCUCAGCGUUAUGGCUGCUUGCGCUCAUGCUGGUCUUGUAGAUGAGGGCUUGAGGUUGUUGGCUGAAAUGAUUUCACGCUACGAAGUUGUUCCUGAGCAUGAGCAUUACAGCUGCGCUGUUAACAUGUUAUGCAGGGUAGGCAGGCUAGCUGAUGCAUUGGAGCUCAUCCGCCGGAUGCCAAUGAGGCCUCUGGCUUCUGUUUGGGGUUCACUGUUGACGGGUUGUGGGAUCCACAACAAUGUUGAGCUUGCAGAGCUUGCGGUGGCGGAGCUUCAGACCAUAAAUGGGGAGGGUGAAGAUGAUGAUGGUGUAUUUGUACAAAUGUCGAAUAUAUUUUUGAAUUCAAAUAAGCUGGAGGAUGCACGGAGGAUAAGGAAGUUGAUAGGGAGGAGAGGGGUAAAAAAGACAGCUGCUUGUAGUGAGAUUGAGGUGGAUGGUGAGGUCAGUUCAUUUGUGGCAGGAGAUCCGCUGCACCCGCAGCUGCUUGAUAUUUGGUCAGUUCUGAAUAUCUUCAGAGAUCAUGCAGGAGAUGAGUCUGGGUUUGAGAGUGGAGACUUUGAAGUGGGAGUUCUGAGUUUUGGAUAAUUUUUGUUCCAAAGGAGGUGACAAAAUGGUUAUUGAUCAAGAUACUAUCAACCUAUCUUGUUACUUGAGCGCUGACUCCUUACAGAUCUACUAACCUUAUGAGGGUCAUUUUGAACUCAAGUGGCUUGAAACUCAAGAGUUCAAGUACCCGGUAUCCUCUCUUAUUUGGCUGCCUGUAAUUUGAAGCAUUCUUCAUUACUGGCAUUCAAUAAUCGGCUUUACUUGGUGGCUCCCCUUUUUUUUCUUUAUUUAUUUGUCUACCAUUUACUUUUUUGUUCUCAUUGGUAGCUUGCUUUUUCCAUUCUGAUUUACAUUUGGAGUUGAUCUCAAGAAGACUCGGCUCCAACAUCAAGGAUGUUGCUUUUGGUUUGUGUUCGCUUCCUACAAGUAAGGUGAAGCUUGAGAUCUAAGGCGUCAAAGUUUUGAUAGAAUUCAAGGUGAUU